CCUGCGAGGCGGGCCUCGGGGAGGAGGCGCGAAGCGGGCGCGAGGGUGGCCGCCGGAGGGAGCCGCCGCCCCUGCGCGCCCGGGUCCCCACGGGGCGCAUGGGGCGCUUCGAGCCGGGAUCGCGCGCGGGCGCCGCGUCCAGCUCCCCGCUACCGUGAAGCCGCGCCGGGACGCUCCCGGACUCCAACCUGCCGCGAGGAUGACCAUGGCCGGGGGCAGGAGGGGACUGGUGGCCCCGCAAAACACGUUUCUGGAGAAUAUUGUCCGGCGGUCCAGCGAUACUAAUUUUGUGUUGGGGAAUGCCCAGAUAGUGGACUGGCCUAUCGUGUACAGCAAUGAUGGAUUUUGCAAGCUGUCUGGCUAUCACAGGGCGGAAGUGAUGCAAAAAAGCAGUACCUGCAGCUUUAUGUAUGGGGAGCUGACUGAUAAAGACACCAUUGAAAAGGUGCGGCAAACAUUUGAGAACUAUGAGAUGAAUUCCUUUGAAAUUUUGAUGUACAAGAAGAACAGGACACCUGUGUGGUUCUUUGUGAAAAUCGCUCCAAUUCGAAACGAACAGGAUAAAGUGGUUUUAUUUCUUUGCACUUUUAGUGACAUAACAGCUUUCAAACAGCCAAUUGAGGAUGAUUCAUGUAAAGGCUGGGGGAAGUUUGCUCGGCUAACCAGAGCCCUGACGAGCAGCAGGGGCGUCCUGCAGCAGCUGGCUCCCAGCGUGCAGAAGGGCGAGAACGUCCACAAGCACUCCCGCCUGGCUGAGGUUCUGCAGCUGGGCUCAGACAUCCUUCCCCAGUACAAGCAAGAGGCACCCAAGACUCCCCCUCACAUCAUCUUACAUUACUGUGUUUUUAAGACCACGUGGGAUUGGAUCAUCUUGAUCUUAACCUUCUACACCGCCAUCCUGGUCCCUUACAAUGUCUCCUUUAAAACCAGGCAGAACAACGUGGCCUGGCUGGUUGUGGAUAGCAUCGUGGAUGUCAUCUUUUUGGUGGACAUUGUGCUGAAUUUUCACACCACCUUUGUUGGGCCAGCUGGGGAGGUGAUUUCCGACCCCAAACUCAUCCGCAUGAACUACCUGAAGACGUGGUUUGUGAUUGACCUUCUGUCCUGUUUGCCAUAUGAUGUCAUCAACGCUUUUGAGAACGUGGAUGAGGUUAGUGCCUUUAUGGGUGAUCCAGGGAAGAUUGGUUUUGCUCAUCAGAUUCCACCAUCCCUGGAGGGAAGAGAGAGUCAGGGCAUCAGCAGCCUGUUCAGCUCUCUGAAAGUUGUCCGGCUGCUCCGUCUGGGGCGAGUGGCCCGGAAGCUGGACCACUACAUUGAAUACGGAGCUGCGGUGCUGGUCCUGCUGGUGUGUGUGUUCGGACUGGCUGCUCACUGGAUGGCCUGCAUUUGGUACAGCAUUGGGGACUAUGAGAUCUUCGAUGAGGACACCAAGACGGUCCGCAACAACAGCUGGCUCUACCAACUGGCCAUGGACAUUGGCACUCCUUACCAGUUUAAUGGGUCCGGCUCAGGGAAGUGGGAAGGUGGUCCCAGCAAGAAUUCCGUUUACAUCUCCUCAUUGUAUUUCACCAUGACCAGCCUCACCAGCGUGGGCUUUGGGAACAUUGCCCCAUCCACAGACAUCGAGAAGAUCUUUGCAGUGGCCAUCAUGAUGAUUGGCUCACUUCUUUACGCCACCAUCUUUGGGAAUGUGACGACCAUUUUCCAGCAGAUGUACGCCAACACCAACAGGUACCAUGAGAUGCUCAACAGUGUCAGGGACUUCCUGAAGCUCUACCAGGUGCCGAAGGGAUUGAGUGAGCGAGUCAUGGAUUAUAUCGUGUCCACCUGGUCCAUGUCCAGAGGCAUCGACACAGAGAAGGUCCUGCAGAUCUGCCCCAAGGACAUGAGAGCCGACAUCUGUGUGCACCUGAACCGCAAGGUGUUCAAGGAGCACCCGGCUUUCCGGCUGGCCAGCGACGGCUGUCUGCGGGCUCUGGCCAUGGAGUUCCAGACGGUGCACUGCGCCCCCGGGGACCUCAUCUACCAUGCAGGAGAGAGUGUUGACAGCCUCUGCUUUGUGGUUUCCGGCUCCCUGGAGGUGAUCCAGGAUGACGAGGUGGUGGCCAUCCUAGGCAAAGGAGAUGUAUUUGGAGAUGUCUUCUGGAAGGAAGCCACCCUUGCCCAGUCCUGCGCCAACGUGCGGGCCUUGACCUACUGUGACCUGCAUGUGAUCAAGCGGGAUGCGCUGCAGAAAGUGCUAGAAUUCUACACGGCCUUCUCCCACUCCUUCUCCCGGAACCUCAUUCUCACAUACAACUUGAGGAAGAGGAUCGUGUUCCGGAAGAUCAGCGACGUGAGGCGGGAGGAGGAGGAGCGCAUGAAGCGGAAGAACGAGGCCCCCCUCAUCUUGCCCCCCGACCACCCUGUCCGCAGGCUCUUCCAGCGCUUCCGGCAGCAGAAGGAGGCCCGGCUGGCCGCGGAGCGGGGCGGCCGGGGCCCGGACGAGCAGGACGUGGAGAGGGGCAGCGUCCUCGCCGAGCACGCCGCGGCCGGCCGCAGCCUGCUGGGGGCCGGCGUGGUCACCGUGCGCGAGAGCCCCGCCACGCCCGUGGCCCUCCCCGCGGCCGCCGCCCCCGCGGGGGCCGACCGCGCCCGGCUGCACGCGCCUGGCAACGAGUGCCUGGGCCCCAGGCCGGGCGGCGGCGACUGCGCCAGGCGCAAGGGCUGGGCCCGCUUCCGGGACGCGUGCGGGAAGGGCGAGGACUGGGGCGCGGUGUCCAAGGCCGAGUCCAUGGAGACGCUGCCCGACAGGACCAAGGCCUCGGGCGAGGCCACGCUGAAGAAGACGGACUCGUGCGACAGCGGCAUCACCAAGAGCGACCUGCGGCUGGACAACGCCGGGGAGGCCAGGAGCCCCCAGGACCGGAGCCCCGUCCUGGCCGAGGUCAAGCACUCCUUCUACCCCAUCCCGGAGCAGACGCUGCAGGCCACCGUCCUGGAGGUGAAACACGAGCUGAAGGAGGACAUCAAGGCCUUGAACACCAAAAUGACCAACAUUGAGAAACAGCUCUCGGAGAUACUCAGGGUAUUAACUUCCAGAAGAUCCUCUCAGUCUCCUCAGGAGCUGUUUGAAAUAUCGAGGCCCCAGUCCCCCGAGUCAGAGAGAGACAUUUUUGGAGCGAGCUGAAAGGUCUUUUCGGGAAAAUGUGGAAGACCAAAACCUAGCACCCCGCCCUGGACCCAACCCCGGCCUCACACACCUCCACGACCAACAACUUCCAAAGUAGGCUUUCCUCGACAGAAAAUCCAAGUGGGACCCGCUGCCUAGGCGCACACUCUCUGGGGAAAUAGGGGGAGCGGGGUGUGCUGUCACCUUGCGAGAUGGCGGCUGCAUCUGAACUGUCUUGGCACAAUUUUGGAAAAGCAAGCGUGCUGUCUAAAGGGUAUUUUCCUUCAUUUCUAGUUUUUUACUGCCAUGAUAUUUGUAAAAGAAGAAAACUACCAGAAAGGAGCAGCAGCCUUUCGGGGAUUGGGGGGAGAGCACUGGAGAACCCCUCCUGUAUAUACCAUGUUGGGCUUCUCCACCCAGACCUCCAAAGACUGCGGUGACUGCAGUGGGUACAGGGAUUUCCCAGCAUUCCCUGUCCCUGUACAGCCUGCGUCCGACGUCAUCGUAUAUUUUCCUACAAUAGUCGUUUGUACCGAGCUGGGGACAAAGGGGCGCUUGAGGGACAGGGAGCGUAGAGCCUUUCAGCUUCCUGUCUCUAAUGGUUAAGGCCAAAGAGCAGCUGAGGGGCUGUGGGUGCCUCCCAUAGACGCCUACAGCCGGAAUCCUCAGGCCUCCUUUCCCAAAAGGGGUCAGCCAAGUGUAAGAGCUGGACAGGGGCCCUGGGGAUCCAGAGAUUCUCUGGGCUGUGCCCCGCAGCCCGCUCUUAGGGGUGGCCAGUAAGGAGGGCUCCCAAGGCCCUGCUCCAUGCCCCUGGGCUCAUCACACGGGCUCCUUUGUCUACCCCCCUCACCCCUUUUCCAAAUGUUCCUGUGGCCAUUCCUCAGGGUAUGGGCAUCAGCAGGAAGGGUGACGAGCCCAAAGUUGCUUUAUUAGCAAAGCAGGCACACAGACACACACAUACAACCUCAAAAAAAUGAUUGUAGCAAAUGCUAUGUUUAUUUUAUAAUUCUCAUUGGGAUCGCCCUUCAGAAAUUUGUAUAUUGUCCACUGCAUGGGAUCAUUAUAGGAUAUUUGGGAGCCAUUCUUGGCCUUACUUUAAAGCUAACCUCUUUGUAUCCUACUAAAGUGAAUAGGACUUCGAGAGACAUCCUGAAAAGAUUUCAGGGCCACGAUUAUACUUGCUUCAGGAGCUGGAAAGAGAACAAGGCAGCAGGUUUCAAGCUGUCUCUGAAAGGCGGUGCAGAGAGGUGGCCAUGGGGCUGUGGUGUGCAGGGAAGUUCUGAGCACAGAGCAAAGAUCAUGGGAGCCACCUAUGGGCCACCCAGGUCCCUAUGCCACCGUGCUGGGGGACACUCCACUGCCUCACAGUCACCUGGGGUCAGGUUCUUCAUGUGCUUGGACUUCCUUGAGAGGCAUCUGAGAAAGGAAAAGAGGUUUCUCCCAGGCAAAGUGUAGCUAGCCCAUGUAUAUGUCUUGCAGGGAGGCUCAGAACCCUAAAAUUUUACAAGCAGAGUUGGAAGUUGAGCUCUGAAAGCUAGCUUUGAGGGAGUGGAUUAGGAGUGCAGGUGACUCGGACUACUGAUGACAGCGUGGAAGCAUACAGGGCGCUGACCUGUGUGUGUCAUGCCACAGCACCCCAUCUGCAGUAGCCUGCCUGGUGUGGCUUUGAUGCAGAGAUUCUGAACCCCAGUGUCAAUUCCCCUCAGUGCAAAAGGGAAUCUUCCAGGUCAGGACUUGCCCUACAAAAGAGAGUCAGCAUUUCUGAAAGCCUCCUGACUGCCCACUCUCCCAGCUGCCCCAUUAGUCCUGCUCGGGGGCCACGGCACGUCCUGGGACUUGGCCCUCAGUUAUCUGUGCGGAAGGGGGCUGACCUCUCCUGGCUCCCCACGGUUGGCACAGAUGGCCCUGGGGAGCAGAGUCUGGGAGGUUGAGGGCAGGCUCCUUCCCCAGAGGCCCUGUACACUCACUCACACAGCUUCGCAAGAGAGGCUUAUGGUAGCGGCCCCUGGCUUCUCCAGGCUUCAACAAUAUUAGAUUUAGCCUCAUGGGGCAGCAUACAAAGAAGUGUAUUUUCACCAGGCUGUGUCAUGACUAUUUAUGACUCUGGAUAAAGCGGUGAGGUUUUUCAGACUCUUAACAUUUUAGAAGCUGUCAAGUAGUCCUUGGGGUUGUAAAAUAUCUGGAAUCCUAUCUGUCCCCAAAAUGAUCUAGUUUACCAUUCCUAAAACUUGCUCACUAACCUGCUUCUGAAUUUUAGGACCCACACUUUUAAGGCUGGGUAAGGGCCCUGAUAACACCACCAUCCAGCUUCAGAAGCACCUGCCCGACUCUCCAGGGACUUGAUGACAGCACCCUGCAGGCCAGAACAGAGAGGCCCUGCCCUUUCCUGCAGCUGUCUAAAGGAUGCAGUCUAGGAAAUGACAUCCCCUCUGGGACUGAAGAGCAAGGAUGCUCAUUGAUGAGUGAGGCUUUGAAGGCCAGAGUUGCUUGGGGGGAAAGGAAAGAUUCUUUAAGGUACUCCUGGAUUAACUAGGAUUCAGACCAGGCUAAUGCCUGCAAUCCUGUGGUGGGACUCUGCUCAUCUUGGGGUUGUCAGACCCAUAAUACAUGCUUCCGUAGUGACAGUGAGAAUAAUACCACAGGUGCAGCUCUGUAUGCUUUGAUUCUCCAUUAAAGGACUUUAGGGAUUUUUGCUAUAAUUGUUUUCACUGAAAAAAUAGAUAUAUUUUUAAAAUGAGCCAAACUUUCUCUCCUUUCAUUUUUAUGAUAUGCACUUGGCCAUUGGCUGCUUUGUGCUAACUACCUACUUUUGCCCAGAUGCUACUCUGGGUUCCCAAGCAAGGACCAGAGCUUCAGAUACCACUGACCAAACCUUCUGCUAUAAACCAUUAUCAGGUGGCUGCAGAGAGAUGAGGGAAGCAGAAAGACCCUAGGUAUUAGGCCGAAGUUUUAGAUUUCUGGAAAGUCAUGCUGAGAGGUAUUUACCUGAGCUAGUUUUCCAUUUGGAAGACGGAACUUUAUGUAUUAUACCAUUGCCCAGUAAUUCUGGGUUACUUGAUCUCUUACUGAGACUCCUUACCUUGAAUGUCAUUCAGAGGAGGGUUCCACUUCCCAGAGAUGACCCUGACAGGCUGCUUUGGAGCAGGAGGCCCUGCUCCUACAACUAGGCUUCUUGUUGAACAUGCUGUGCCCCGCUGAUGGGGUGUGGGGUGAAGGUAUGUCUAUGAAAUAAGAUGGUCAAGAAGGUGGUGUGCUAUUCUUAGUGGAGGGUGGGAACUCCAGCUUUGAGUGCUGCCAUCCCAUACCCACAAGGAGCCCUCCCCUGCAUGUGGUAAGAUCGCCAGAGGAAGGAAAUGGGAGCAGCCAUCUGGUUGAGAAGCCCUGGUCCAGUGCACAAUUUUGGUAUCUCUACCUUCAUCCACCCUCUUCCCUCAUGCUCAGACCUCCUGGCUUGGUUCUUUCUAAGACCAUUCUCUGUAUUCUGGACCUCAGACGACUUCUGUGUGCAAAGAGUUUACAGCUAGUAGUAGGCUACCAGUGGCUUAAAAAAACUGAUGCUACAACAAUGGGCCCAAGGGUUUCCCAUUUCUUGUUAUCUAAUUCCUGGGCCUGUUUUACCCUCAACCUUCUAGAUGCUUCAUGCUGUGGCUGGCCAAACAUCAGGCCCUUUCCUGGAAUCCUCUUUCAGAACUGGACAUAGCAUGGCUCAGAGUACAAAUGCACUCUAUCACACACCACCUCAUUCUGCAGGCUCGGCUCCCAAAUCCUUAGGUGCAAGGUGAAGAUAUGAAGUCACCUGUCAGGCUUUCUGUCCAACCCUGUGUGGGGACUAAAUGAAUGCCUUAGGAGUACCAGGUGGAGGAAGAGCGUCAUCUCCCUUUGUUGCAUUGACCACCCUACGGCACGUGCACCCUCCAGAAAAUUUUAAGAGCUCUGGUGGAGGUACAGGUUGCUACUGUGCAUUUGAUGACUAGAUUGUACAAUCUUUUGCAAUAAAGAUGUUUAGCCUUAAGACCUCGGCAUGGAACUCCGAUGGUGGUGGAGCUGCCAACGCCCUGCCCGUGGCCUCCCUCCUCACAUUGUGUUGUGUAAAGGUGAGCCCCACCGAGGGCACCGUCAGACCCCUGGGCAGCCCUUCUUCUGUCACUACAUUGCCGUACUGCCUCCUUGCUCGCUUCAGUGAAAACCACCGUCACCAGCUCUUGCACCUCCAACUGGAGGAGAUUUCAGUGUCCUCUCAGCACCAACUUCAGCCAUCAGAGAAAGCACCAUUUUCUCACCCAAGAUGUUCAUGUUGAGAAGUUUUAAUUUCCACCCUCCAACCCCCACAGUUCAAGAGAAUCAGUGUGAAUGUGCUUGCAGCUUAGUUUCAAAUGAAGCUUCGUUCUCAUGUGAGCAUAUCGGACUUACUCCCCCACCUCUAGAACCGGACUCGAAUGCCCCGCAGGUCCCAGACCUGGUGGGUGACCUCCCCGCCCCACCAUUACACCUUUCUUAGAGCCACUGUCUCUUUGUAACUUCUGAGUCAGCCAGCGGAUCCAUUAGUUGUUCCAUGAGAGGAUCACGGAUCUUGAUCAGGAUAUGAACUGCUUUUAUGUUAAGAUGCAACCCUUCCUAAUGAAUGUAUUCUCUUAAUAUUCAGACGCUGUAUUUGUGCAUCAGUUGGAGACUGUCCACAUCUGACAUUUCACAGACACAGCAAGGACAUUUCUACUCAUGAGCAGUUCGCCUUUCUGGGGCUUCUCCUUAUAUUAACACUGUUUCCAUUGAAUCCCACCAAAUCCUUCACUGGGUUUCUCUUUCUCCUCAGCAUCUGUCACUUUGUCCAAAUGAGCAUGAAUACACAGAAGGGCAAAUGAGCUGAUACUCUUUGUGGUCAGCUGAGGAUGCUGCCAGGAACUCCACUGUACGUCUGCAGCUCCGGAAUGUUAAAAGGAACAUGCGGGCCCCUCCACUGACGAUAUUCCCUUCUCAACAUUUUUAAACAAGCACAAAUGAUAUUUGUAAAAAAAAAAAAAAGUUUAAUUUUAUUUAUUAUGGUAAUAAACUAUUUUAUACAUGAUACUUGCUUUUGCCUUUCCGUAUAUAACUUCAGGGCAUUGAGUUGGGUGUUCUGACCUGAGAUGACGAAUCAAAGAUGAUGCUUUCUAUUCCCUUUCAGAGGCUUGGGCAGCUCUAACUUGGAUUGCACCUUUUACUGUGGCCUUUGGAGAACUUAAAACUCUAGAGACACCAAGAUCACAGGUCGCAGGUAGCAAGAGAAUAGUUGUGAAGGUGUUUUGCCACAUAAUCUUGAAUCAGCUCUAUCUGCUAUACAAAUGUACAGAGAUGUCUUCAAAACCUGACAUCACUGGAAAAUCCUGGUACAACACAUCGGUUUAACAUGUAUCUGAGGUGGACCUCCCAUUUAGAAGUGAGCUUUUUUAUUUUGAAUGGUUCGUAUUGAAAUUUGUGUAAGAUAUAUUAAUGUCUCCCUGCCUUUUAAAAUACAGUGUAAAAAAUAUAAAUGCAUCUUUUCAGAAUGACUGUUAACGAUAUGAGUUCUGAUCUGUGUUUUAAUUCAUUGAUGAUCUCAGAAGUUAUUAGGGUAGAGGACUGCUGGGCCCUAAGCUAACUGGCUCUACGUACCAAUACUGUUGCAGUUCCACUUGGUUUCCAUAGUAUUACUUCCUGCUCAGGGCAAGAUGCUCCACAACAUGGCCAGCCUGAGUCCUUAUUUAAUACCAAUGGACUGCAUUUCAAAGAUGGUGCUUCUCUUUCUACAGACAGAACUUCUUAAUUCAGGGAUGAGGUGUCUAUGAUCUGUGAGCCGUACUCGGGCCUCUCCUUGAUCUCUCACAGGGCCACACCAUGAAUAUAGUAUUUCUAAUGACAUUCUUCCCACACCCUAUCACUUAAUUACAUUGCAGAAAAGCAUAGUAAAAAUCAGGAUGAUAUUGCUUAAAAUUCCAGAUGAUUGAUGUCCAUUUCGAAAGUCUCACCAAAUAAAUCACCAUCAAUAUCCUCAAUGGUGAAAACAAUCUCUCUUGUGACUAUGAUUUUUAUAAAUCGUUGA